AUGGGAGUGAAAAUCGACGGUCGGCAACUUCACCAUCUUCGCUUUGCUGAUGAGAUCGUCCUUAUAACACCAAACAUUAGCCAAGCAGAACGUAUGCUUGCCUACUUUGAUAAAACCUAUGGAAAGAUUAGUCUUCGACUAAAUCUCACAAAAAUGAUCUUCAUGAGGAACGGAUUGGUUUCGUAUGCCCCAUUCCCACUCAACGGAACGAAUAUCUCCGAAUGCUCCAGUUAUAUCUAUUUAUGUCGGGAAGACAAUAUGAUGAGCGACGUAGUUUCAGAGCUGAGCAGAAGGAAACGAGCGGCCUGGGGAGCUUUGAAGAGUAUCGAGGAUGUAGUGAAGAUAACAAAGAACACCCGACUCCGUGCCCACCUUUUCUACUCAACGGUUCUUCCUGCUCUAACGCAUGCGUCAAAAACCUGGUCGCUGCGUAAGCAGGAUGGAAGGUCACUCAGCGUUAUCGAACGCGCAGUCAAAAUGACGUUGCUAGGAGUAUCCCGUUCCACACAAGGAAGAGACGAGAUCCGAAGCUCCGAUCUGCGUCAACGAUCGAAAAGCAAAGGUGCCAUUCCGUACGCCAAACAGUCGAAGAUUAGGCGGGCCGGUCACAUAUUGCGUAUGAAUGACAACCGAUGA